AUGGCGACGGAUUUCAUAGACAAAUUGACGUUUUUGUCACACCCAUCCGGCAAGGGCCAGGGAAAACACCAUAUUGUGAUUGUGGGGGCCGGUAUCAUUGGAGUAUGCACGGCGUACUACCUGACCAGACACGCGGACUUUGAUCCGUCUACACAUCACAUCACGAUAUUGGAGAGCAAGCGGGUGGCUGGCGGGGCGUCGGGCAAAGCGGGGGGGCUGCUGGCAUCUUGGGCGUUCCCGCAGCAGAUCGUUCCGUUGAGCUUUCAGCUGCAUCAAGACCUCAGCGAUGAGCACGACGGCGAGAAUAACUGGGACUACAGGAGACUCACCACGGUGUCUUUGGAAGCAGACGUGCAGAACGUGGGGCCGAAUGACGAUGGAGAGGACAGCGAUUCGAGCUACUCGAGCUACUCGAGCUCGUGCUCGGGUUCGAGCACGUCUACCGGCUCGGAUUCUAGUGCAACGGGAAACAGGCUGUCUUUGAAGAAAAAGCUGAAGGCUAAACUGGCUUCAAAAAACAAGAGCAAGACAUCAAGUUCGGAGCUAGAGAUUGGAAGUGAGGAUCCUUCGCCAAAAGGCAGUUCUCGCUUCCAUAGCAGCUCAAAUAUAGUAAGUUCCAAUAUACCGCAAAAUGCUGAGGAGAGUGACAAGAGUGAGGAAAGCAAAAAGAAAGGUGGCGCCAGUAAUAACAGCACUAGUAAUAAUGAUAACAACAACAGUAAUAAUAGUAAUAAUAGUAGUAAUAAUAAUGAUGAUGAUGAUGAUAUUCCUUUAACGAAUUUGAAUUCUGAUGAAAAUUCAGGCUUUGAUAUGAAACAGUCGGCAGAUUAUAGCGAAAAUAAAUCUACAUCAGCUACCAAUUCAAAUUUGAAUUCAAAUUCAAUACCAUUAGGUGAUCCAUCGAAUCCGUUACCUUCAGAUUUAAAUUGGAUCAAAAAAAAUCUAGUCAAGGACUGGUCAUCGCUUGGUGGUACAGAUUCAACCGCUCAGGUUCAUCCAUAUAAAUUCACUCAUUUUCUACUGUUAAAAGCAAUGGAGACCGAAGCUGUUGAUUUAAUAUUGGGUAAGGUUACGAAACUUCAAUAUAAUGAAUCCGGUGCUUGCUGUGGCAUUUCGUAUAAUUCAACAACUGAUGAUGAUUCAGUAAGUAAUGAUAUUGUUGAUAUUCUGGAUGCUCAACAGGUUGUAUUAACAAUGGGUCCUUGGACAUCUAAACUUCUACCAGAUUGUCCGAUUUCGGGCUUGAGAGCUCAUUCAAUUACUUUAAAGCCAUCAACGGGUACAGUUUCACCAUAUGCAAUCUUCACAGAACUAAAAAUUGGUAAAAAUGAAUAUUUUUCACCGGAAAUGUAUGCAAGAAAGGACGAAGUCUAUGUUUGUGGUGAAGGCGAUACUUUAGUAGAAUUACCAGAAACAACAGAUGCUGUUGAAGUUGUACGUGAAAAAUGUGAUGAAUUAUAUCAUUACGUCUCCAAAUUAUCAAAAAAUUUAUCAAAUGGUCAUAUAUUAAAAAGACAAGCUUGCUACUUACCUGUUUUAAACGUACCCACAAGCUCAGGUCCAUUAAUUGGCGAAACAAAUGUUGACAAUUUAUAUAUUGCUAGUGGUCAUUCAUGUUGGGGUAUUAAUAAUGCCCCCGGUACUGGUAAAGUCAUGGCAGAGUUACUCUUGGAGCGUGAAACAAAAUCUGCUGAUAUUUCUGCUUUGGAUCCAAGCUUGUAUUUUGAUGCAAGUAUUCUUGAAUAA